GCUCGACAACAUCUCGGAAGCAACGCACGGUGGAACACACUUAGAUGCGCCGUUGCACUUCGCCAGGGGAGGAUGGUCUGUGGCGGAAAUUCCCAUUGAGCGUCUUAUGUAUGUGCCUAUUGUGAAGUUGGAUGUCCGGUCGAAGACUAAAGGAGACCCCGAAUACAUUAUCACAUUGUCUGACAUACACAACUGGGAAAAGUGCUAUGGAAGAGUUCCUGAUGGCUGCCUCUUUCUUUUCGAGACUGGACAGUGCAGAUUCUGGCCGAAUCGGACGACCUACAUGGGACUGGACGAGAACGGAGACCGACACUUUCCCUCCCUCGAUCCUGAGGCGGCAACGUUUUUGGUUAGCGAGCGUCGUCCGUACGGGUUUGGUCUGGACGGGCCUUCUCUGGAUCACUAUCCGAAUGUAACGGUGCACGAGAUCGUCGCCGCUGCAAGCUUGUACGCUACGGAGAACUUGGCCUGCAGCCUCUCACGUGUGCCGGCCAAGGGGGCAACGGCUGUCGUCCUUCCCAUGAAGAUACCGGGAGCCAGUGGCGCCCCCGUCCGCGUUGUCGCUACGUUACCCUGACGCCCGCAGCCACGGCGCCUCUACGCCGCCCUGCGGCGAGUACGCUUGCCGCACAUUUGAUA